AACGUUAUGUGACUGUAGAUUCCAAAUUCGGGGAUGUAGGUGGGGUUGGCCUUGAACUCCCUGUCUGUCCGUGUGAGUUAAAACCGAAGCUUGGCAUGCUAGUGGUGCUCUGAGCCGUGCAGCACCACAGGACACCUCGCUGUCUCUGGAGGGUCUGUAAAUAUGAAGCUGCUUCAGGUUCUCAUUAUUCUGCUGUUUGUGGUACUUGCAGAUGGUGCACAACCCAAAAAGUGUUUUAACAAUGUAGCAGGCUACUGCAGGAAGAAAUGCAAAUUAAGGGAGAUAUCGGAGGUGGGGUGCCCGCAUGGGAAAUACUGUUGCGUCAAUGAACUGGAAAACGAAAAGCACAAAGUCGUCCAGCAGCCAGCCCAACACAACGAGAAGUCCAAAGGAAUCCAAGACUAUUUUGUCCUGCCCACCAUCACAUACUUUACCAUCACUAUCUGAAUGAACCAUUUGUUCCUCAAGGCCGGUGUCCUCCAAACCUGUGGAAUCGAGUGGGCAGCCUCAGACCCGUCUCUUUCCUCCUGUGAACUCGAUUCCCCACAUAAUAAAGUUCGACACUUUUGCCUGUA